AUGGCCAUCUCUCUAACAUUACGUACUACACUUCUUCUCUUUCUAAUCACUCUCACGUGUCCGAAACAAUGCACAUCGCAUGCCCCACUUACGCUAAAGCUAUUAUUACACACAAAAUCAACCAAACCCCAAGAAUCAUCGAAGAAAAAAACCGGUUACUUGCAUUCCAAGUCAACACCCUCUUCUCAUCUAGAUAACUCGUGGACCACGGACACAUCAGGUAUCGUCUCACAUGUCACUCCAAUUCCGAAUCCAGCAGCAUUCCUCGCGAACAUUUCUAUCGGAAACCCACCAGUUUCGCAGCUCCUACUCAUAGACACAGGUAGUGACCUAACUUGGAUCCAGUGUCUUCCCUGCAAAUGUUACCCUCAAACAAUUCCUUUUUUUCACCCUUCUAGAUCUUCCACUUACCGUAACGCUUCCUGCGAAUCCGCACCAAACGCCAUGCCACGAAUAUUUCGCGAUGAAAACACCGGAAAUUGCCGUUACUCCCUCCGUUACCGAGACUUUUCGAGCACAAGAGGCAUUUUAGCUAAGGAAAGUCUCACCUUUCAAACAUCCGACGACGGUUUAAUCACUAAACCGGACGUUGUUUUCGGCUGCGGACAAGACAACUCCGGUUUCACUCAAUACAGCGGUGUGCUCGGUUUAGGACCCGGUAAAUUCUCGAUUGUAACCCGCAAUUUCGGUUCUAGAUUCUCUUACUGUUUCGGUAGCUUAACCGAUCCAACUUACCCUUACAACAUUCUCAUCCUCGGAGAAGGCGCCAAAAUCGAAGGCGAUCCAACCCCUUUACAUAUUUCUCAAGACCGUUACUACCUUGACCUGCAAGCAAUCUCCUUGGGAGAGAAUCUUCUCGAUAUCGAACCCUAUGUUUUCAAGAGAUAUGGAUCCCACCAAGGAGGUACAGUCAUCGACACGGGCUGCUCACCGACGAUCUUAGCCAGAGAAGCUUACGAGACGCUCUCUGGAGAAAUUGAUGAUCUUCUUCUGGGAGAAGUUAUGAUCAGACACGUUGAAGGUUGGGAGCCAUACACGAACCCUUGUUAUGUAGGGAAUAUGAAACUUAAUCUUUUGGGAUUUCCCGUUGUCACGUUUCAUUUCGCCGGCGGCGCUGAGCUGGCGCUAGACGUUGAGAGUUUGUUUGUUAGCAGUGAAAGUGGAGAUAGCUUUUGCUUGGCUAUGAGUAUGAACACGUUCGAUGAUAUGAGUGUAAUUGGUGCUAUGGCUCAGCAGAGUUAUAAUGUUGGUUAUGAUCUUCAAAACAUGAACGUAUAUUUCCAGAGGACUGACUGUGAGAUUCUUGAUGCUUAA